UAUGGAGACUGAAACUCAAUAUUAAAUUUCUCCAGAAGGUGUGUUUCUAAUUAUAUCUUUAGAUAUCGAAUUUCUGAAUGAUAAAUAUCGUCUUGUUUUUACAUAUCCUGCCGUAGCAUUUGCCAUUUCUGGUGUCAUCCUUGCAUCCACUAGAUUUUUGAGCUUUCCAAAAUUCUUUAGAAAUCCUCUUGAAGUAAGUAAAAUGAUAAAUAAAUUAGUCUCCUGAAGGAAAUGCCCUAUUUUAUACUAGACUUUCAAAAAUGGCAAAACCACCAUUGUUAUUAUAUGGUGCAUGUGUUGGAGGAGCUAUUGGGUUAUUUUAGUAUGAAUUAGCUAAAUAUCACAUGUUUGUGAAGUAUAAAACUUUAGUAAAUACAUAUUUGGAUGCUUGUGAGGCUGUCUAUGUGAGUGAAUUAAAAAAAACUUAAGAAAAAUGAAUUUAAUUAAAAUAUAAGUACA